AUGGAGCACUUCAACAAUCUCGUCUCGCGCAACGAUGUGCUCUCCAUCAACCCCACUGUGGCCGACAUCGACAUUACCACUGGAGCAUCCAGUUGGUUGUGGGCAGUGUUUGCCAUCAUGGUCUUUACCAUGCUCAUCACCAUGGGAUGGGCCUUCACGAUUCCUCCGGGUCAAAGAACUUUCCACUACCUCACCAUCGCUAUUCUGGGAACCGCGUCUGUAGCUUACUUUUCCUUGGCCGCUGACCUCGGUGCUACCGCCAUCCCCGUCGAGUACCUUCACGGAGAUACCAAUCCCCGGGCUACUCGCUCAAUCUGGUAUGUUCGCUACAUCGAUUGGGUCAUCACCACUCCUCUCUUGCUCCUCGAGCUUCUCCUCGUCUCCGGUCUUCCCCUCUCUGCAAUUUUCGGCACCGUUUUUGCGGACGAAGUGAUGAUCAUCACGGGUCUAGUCGGAGCCCUGGUUCCAUCCACCUACAAGUGGGGAUACUUUACCUUUGGCAACGUUGCCAUGUUUGGCGUCUUUUACGUCCUCUACGGUCCCGGUCUCGCUUCUGCUCGUAGACACGGUGGCGAAAUCAAAAAGACUUACGUGACUGGUGCGGCCAUCUUGUCCUUCUUGUGGUUCUGCUACCCCAUCGCUUGGGGUCUCUGCGAUGGAUCCAACACCAUCUCGCCAGCCGGCGAGAUGGUCUUCUACGGCGUCUUGGACAUCCUCGCCAAGCCCGUCUUUGCAAUGAUCCACCUCUUCUCCAUGAGAAAGGUCGACUAUGCAGCUCUGGGUCUGCAGAGCGGAAAAGCUACCGACUUUCCAGACACCGAAAAGGCCGGUGCGCACAGCUCCGGUGUCGGCGCUGGCACACUCAAGACCGCCGAGGCCAACGGUAAUCACAGCCCAGAGGCUACCGUCGCUGGUCACCAGUAG